CCGACAAUCUUAUUCUCGAACACGCCGCGCCUAUCACCUUGCGCCCUUCUCAUUGGCGUCUCGCACACGAGCAGGUUGUUGAUUGGACGAUCACCCAGGUCCGCUCCAUCAGAGGCACAGAGAGCAGACGUCACAGCCAUUACAAGGAGUCUCAUCGCGAUCAGCGCUGCAGCGGUCGUAGCCUCGGUGUCACACACCGUCCAAGGGUAAGAGGCACGCGCUCCGGUGCGCGUUGCAGCGACUACCUCUCGCGCGCCAGCUCAAUCAACACCUCCCAUCAUGCAGAAUCCAUACGGCGUACCCGCACCGCCGCCCGGUGGCAUCCCAGCUCCCAAACGAUACGACGGCAAAGAUGGAGUUCCCUUAUACGACCCCACCACUCAAGGCCACUACGGCGCCAGCGCUCAGAUAGCAGCGAGUGGGAAUGCGCCGCAUGCAGAGACGUUCCAGGGGCACUUCCAGAAUGUAUCACAAGGCUUGACGGGCACAUACCGCGACAUCCUCAACACAUACUGGCAGAAUCAAAUCACAAAGCUGGAGACGGAAGAGCACGACUACAAGCUGCACCAGCUGCCGCUCGCGCGCAUCAAGAAGGUCAUGAAGGCGGAUCCGGAUGUUAAGAUGAUCAGUGCCGAAGCGCCCAUCCUCUUCGCCAAGGGCUGCGACAUCUUCAUCACCGAGCUCACCAUGCGCGCAUGGAUCCACGCGGAGGAGAACAAGAGACGCACACUCCAGCGCAGCGACAUUGCCUCGGCCCUCGCCAAGAGCGACAUGUUCGACUUCCUCAUCGACAUUGUGCCGCGCGAAGACGCGACGCCGCAGCAUAAGCGCCGGCCCGACUUCGCCAGCGCCGGCGCGUACGCGAUCCCCGAUGCCUCGGGAACCGCGGGGGCCGGCGGCGUGCAGCCAGACGCGCACAUGGGUGCUGGGGGACAGGCCGAGUUCGCGGGGAUGGACCAAGCGCAACACCUGCAGCAAACGCAGUACCAGCAGCAAAUGGGUGCGUAUCCCCCGCCCGCGCAGCAAACGUACGGGGGACAGCAGAUGUUCGACCCCAACAUGGCGGCAUAUCCUCAGUACGCCAUGGGCCAGAUGCCGCAGCAGGCUGUCAGCGGGGCGAGUCCCGAUGGCAGCGGUGCAUAUCACUAGGCUGUGCAGCUCGGAUGACCAUUCACGACGGGUCGCGAGCUUCUCGUAUGCCUCCAAGCGGAAGCCUUAUGGCCUCGGAAGGGUACGUGGGAACUUUAGGGUGGGAAAUGGGAUGGCUCCUGAUGUGGUGUCCCCUUGGUGUUUUUUCUCUUUUGCAGCAUUGGAUGCUGUGACGUGUGAUUCCCCAUGGCGAUUAACUCCGGCGGAUUGUCAGGUGUUU